GGCAUGCAUGAGCGCGGCAAAAUAUUAAAUUGCCUCGCUCACAUGCCGGCCCGCGUCACUUUUUCCAGUGAUUACCACAUUCAAAUUACACUCUACUCUCGUCUCCGCUCAUUCCUCGCCCAUCACUUGAGGUGCAAACAAUUGUUCUAUUAGCUCUUCCACAGCAGCUGUAGUGCUCUAACAAAAAUGGCUUUUCGCCAAAGAAUUCGCAAAAUGAGAAAGGACAUCCGUGAUGUUAAAGAAGACAGAAAGGCUUUAGUCCACAAGGAGCUUUUCGUGUUGGACAACUCGCUUCGUGAGAGCACCGUAGGGCAGCUCCGAGGACAUACCAUCGAAAAUAAAUGGAAGAUAUAUAAUGAGAUCAAAAAGGUUGGCUUCAAGGAAAUGAUCGUGGCGUCGUUUUCGCACAUGACUCGUUUGGGUGACACAUUUAUUCGUCAACUAGCAGAGAAAGGUGAAGACUUCAGUAAACUUUGGGCCUUCAGUGAGUUCCUUGAAUCCAUUGACAGAAACCGAGUGCCGAAUACUAAAGCUAUUCCAGUUGGUCUGAGGAAGUGCAAAGAGCUGGGCCUGCGCAACGUGAUCAUCGAGUUCGAUCUGGUCUACAAGGGAAUCGAUUACGACAAAUUCACCGUGGAGCAAAUCUGUCAGCUUUGUUCUGAUAGAAUGAAAUGGGCCCGUGAGAAUCUCGCUGCAGAUGCUCGCAUCCUCUUCAACCUUCGGGAUUUCUCGGACGCCAUGAUAAAGGAACCAGAGCGCCAGUUUAAAGUGGUUAAUUAUCUGUCGUCCCUCCCUCAAAACGAACGACCCUUUGGCUUGAUUUACGAAGAAUCGGGAAAAUACCUUCCUGAAGAGCUUGGUGCGUGGACGGCUGCCGUUCGUGCGGAGAUGGACGACUGUGGGUUUCAUGAAGGACAUCUUCUUGUACAUGUGCAUGAGCAAUGGGGCCUGUGUGUGUCGACGCAACUGGAAUGCAUUGCUAACGGUGCAAACGGUGUCUGGGCCAGCCUCUGUGAAGAGGGAGCAGCAAUGGGCCACUGCAGUUCAACCAUGACCCUCAUGAAUUUGAUUCGCCUUGGUAAUAAGCGUGUUCUUAAGCAGUACAACUGCGUGAAGCUUCGCGAGGCCGCAAUUAACGUCCAAACAAUCACCACUGGGAAGCCACCACACCCAAAACAACCCGUCUACGGUGAACGCGCUCUCGAUAUGGUCUUUGGGAUGCCGAAUUUCCAACCAGAUAAGAAGGACUUCAACAUGGCCGAGUUCUUUGGCGAGAAACCAGUCAUGAGGAUGACUACAUUGGCCUCGCCGCCGAUGAUUGUUUCCAGGCUCAAGACCCUGUUUGGAGAUGACCCACAGUUUACURAAGAAAGGGCCCACAGAAUGAAGGAAGUGAUGUUAGAAGAUCUGCAUAAGAACAGAAAAGAGGAGUAUAUGAGCGCCGUGGGUCUGGCACUGUUAUUUGACCGCUCUGGUGGCAAACUUACUGAAAAGAUGAGUGAAGUGAUAGCCAGUAACAAACCAAAGGAUAUCCACGCACAAGAGGUGAUUGCAGAGGUACGCGCCAUGUGGGAUGAGUGGGACCUUAGAGAUGGAGUCAAGGAUGACCAACUUGAAUUCGACGCGUUCUACAACGGCUUCAUGGCCCCGUACUUUGGUUGCUACCGUUGUGAGGAGACCACGAAGGCCUUGGGAGCCAUCGAUAUGGAUUCCGAUGGCACAGUGGAUUGGAAUGAGUUCGCAUUGUAUCUAAAGUGGGCUAUGCGUCAGUACCCAAACAUCGCGGACGCCGAAGAGCUCCUCUCUACUGCCUUUCGUAAAGGGUUGAUUCCAGCCAUGCAAGACGAAGUUCUGAAACAGUAGUAAAGCCACCAAGGAUGGUAGGCAGGUCGGUGAUAGUAAUAUCACUUUGAAUUUCAGACAACUUCAAAUAAUUGCAACCAAGACUUAAGAAUGGAAAUUCAAAGUUAAGCGAUAAAUCUAAGUUAAUCUUUAAUGCAUCGUAAUUUUGAUCGGGUACAGCAUUAAUUUGAUUCUACUUUGUAAUCUAAUAUAGUCUAAUGCGUUUACCACUACGGGUGGUCGGCUUAAUGCCUAACAGGUAAGGCAGCUGAUAGAUCGAAUUAGAAUUUGAAUUAUUAGUCCGGUAAAACCUGGAAUGUAUGAACAGUUAAUUGUUUACAGCGUGGUAAAGUCAGUAAAGCUUAUAAGUCCGUUUUCUUAGAUCCAUUCUUGCUGCUUUAAGAGCUGAUAUUCCGAGUGAAACUCCGCAACUCUAUCUGAAAAUGAUAAAGAAGCCAUGUUAAUUUAGGGUAAAAACCUGUUUAUUACUAGUAAAUAAAGGUUCAUUCGAAUCUA